ACGGCGACUGUUCUUCACUGCUUGAUCAUCGACCAUCACCGACCCUUGUGCGUUGUGCGCGUUUCCCCCCAGAAGGCUACUUGUUUCGAAUUGCAUACGGCUUUUUAGUCCUUGAGAAGUUGCGUUGCGAAGACCAGAAAAGCCUCUUUAUCGAUAUAAUCACUACUGCCUGUCAAAGUUCUCGGUUUGAGACACUUUUAAGUGGUUGUGCAGGAUGUCGUUAUAUCCGCAAAGUCAGGCUUUUGCCCAGCCGGCAUAUCACUCAGGCUUUCCUCAGCAGCCUAUACCUCCCCCAGUAUAUCAUUAUCCUCCACCCCCUCAACCCUUUUACCACGUCGACCCUGACACUUUUCGUCGGGAUUACAUGACACGUCUGGCUGAACUAACAGUGAAUUCCAGGCCUAUCAUCCACAAUCUCUCCAUAAUUGCUCAAGAGUAUUCCCGGUAUGCUGAAGUUGUUGCUCAAUGCAUAGAGUCCCAUGUUCGAAGGGUACAACCUUGGAUGAAGCUACCCGCGUUUUACUUGCUAGAUGCGAUCUCAAAGAACAUUUUCGAUCCAUAUGCCCGACAGUUCACACCUCUAGUUGUUAGGCUGUUUCUUGACACUUACGAGGUUGUCGAUCAGAAUACCCGCAGCAAGAUGGAAGAAAUGCUCCUGACCUGGCGAACUGGUGCACCCAAUGGCAGAGAGCUCUUCGGUGUCGUUCCUCAGCUUGCUAUCGAACGACGAAUUUGGGGCAGUGAUUCAACUCAGAACGGUGCUUCUUCCUCGUCUCGACAACCUGGUGGACAGCCAAGUGUUUCACAAGCUCAAGUCCUAAGUGAGCUCGAGUUCGUUUUAGGUCAGAAGGAACGAGCGCUGCAAGCGAAUCCAUACGACAAGGCUUCCCAGCAACAUGUGUCUGUCUUGCAUCAGUUACGGGGCCUUGUUCAAGCUGGUGUCUCUCAGCAAGAACUUAGUGCAAUUCUUACACAACUGCGCACGUUAGCACCUGCCCCUGCUCCCGCCCCACGGAUACCCCCUCCACCACCUGUGCAACACUCAUACCCCCCUCCACAACAUUAUCCUCAACCUACACUUGCUCCUGCUCCUCCUGUGUCUACUUCGCAAGUGUCAUAUCCUCCACAACCUACGUAUCCUGUGUCAUAUGACGAGCCUAAGGUUGAACCAGUCGAUUAUUCGACGUCAACAUCACCGUCAACUGCCGCGUCUAAAAACAUAUCUAACCUGUUCAGUGCUUUGUUAAAAGCGGGUGUUGUCUCUGCCAGUGGGACGCCAACUGGUGCCGGAACGACAGUCAAAGAACAGACCCCUCCUUCGACCGAUACCUCUAAAGAUGUGUCGCGUGAUUACCGCAGGGCUAUUCUCUCCACCAAGAUUCAAUUGAACAGCGCGGACAUCACGAGGCAACGGCCUCCCAUAGUACGGUUCCUCUAUGACAUGCUUUCCAGCCAGUGCAAACAGUGUGGUAUCCGAUUCUCUGAUUCGUCAUUAGGCAAGAAACGGAUGGAAGACCAUCUUGAUAUGCACUUCCGUCAAAAUCGGAAGACCACUCAAGGCGCGGGACGCGGUCACAGCAGGGGUUGGUUCAUUGGGGCAGAGGAUUGGAUACAUGAUGGUUCUGUUGAUUUGAAAGGCAAAGGCCGUGCUGACGGUCUUGUGAACGCUAAAGCAAUAGCAGCUGCGGAGGCAGCUAAAGCCGAUGCUGAGUUGCGGGCAAUGUAUGUUGUAGUUCCGCCGGGCGACGAAGCGCAGUCGAUGUCAUGUCCAAUCUGUAAAGAGCCUCUAAAGGCCGAGUUCCUUGAAGACGAUGAAGAGUGGGUAUGGAGGAAUGCAGUCCGAAAGGAUGAUAAGAUUUAUCAUGCGACUUGUCAUGCAGAAGCGUCAGCGUCGAAGUCAACUCUCGCAGCAUGGUUGCGCAGUGAGGUUUCCAGUCGUAGUCGUUCACGGACCCCUGAGAGACAAAUCAAGUUAUCCCCUACGAAGCCUUUUGCUCAGCUCAAUGGCGAGGUUAGGAGAUCGCAGUCCCCAACGCCUUCGAAAGUUGCUGGUGUUAAGCGGAAGGCUGAGGAUGACGAAUCUGAUGUUAAGCAGGAAAGGACGCCACCUACGAAAAAGCUGGCGGUAUAAUCUGAUUCCCUUUCUUGUUCACGAGUGGAUAGGAGGUUCGCAUUGGGUUUUUACUGACGAGCAUUCACGACAUAGAUUGUUGCGCAUUGCGGACAAGGCAUAUCGUUUCUUUCAUCAGUCUAGUUUCAUGCAUCUGUAAUACUUGCACGCAUAUAUUAUAAACAUAUUAUAUUCCUGUUUUCUCUC